UGACGAAACCUGACAACAGCCGAUAUGUAAACAGUUCGAAGAGGUACACUAGGUUUUUGAGAGUUGACUUUUUUUUCUUUCUUUUUUUUUUGUAAAUCUGUAGCUUAUAUAAUGAUUUGCAGAAAGCCACCUUUAGUCUUGAUCGGUACUUGAUUAACAAAGUCUGGAACACACAAUGCAAAGACUUGACAAGCAAGCUUAUCCAGGGAACAAUCAAACUACGAUCGACUGUCACACGAGUGGUUAUGGAGAAACCAUGCAUAUUAGCUACCACGCUCGGAUCGCCCGGAGGCAUUUACAAGUGUUUUUCUCCUUGUAUCGAGAAACACUUCACUAUAAUCCCAUAUGAGUGCUUUGUACAGAGGAAAGCAGACUUCGCUGACAAAAUCCAGGCAUUGUUUGUGUGGGGUGACGUUAUUAAAGUUGACCAAAACCUGUUAAAAUCUUUGCCUAACCUCAAAGCGGUUGUUAAUGGUGGGGUGGGAGUGGACCACCUGGAUAUUCCUCUGAUCAAUAGCUUUGGAGUCAAAGUUUCCAACACUCCUCAUGUGGUGGAUAAUGCCACUGCGGAUGUUGGCAUGAGUUUGAUGUUGGCAUCUGCAAGGAAGUUAGUUGAAGGACACAAUUUUUCCAAGUUCCGGGAGUCUGAUGAUUUUCCCGAGUCCUCUCUAGGCACUGAUGUUAGCGGGGCCACCUUGGGCAUCAUCGGCAUGGGUAGAAUAGGAUACAAAAUAGCCAAGAGAGCUCAAGGGUUUGAGAUGAAAAUCCUUUACCACAAUAGGAAUCGAAGGCCCGAGAGUGAUGAGAGAGCUGUUGGAGCCACAUAUUGUGCAAGCAUGAAGGAGCUGUUACAGAGGUCAGACUUCGUCAUGGUGGUGGUCAGUCUGACCCCUCAUACGCACAAACUGAUUGGUGCCAAAGAGUUUGCCAUGAUGAAACCCAAUAGCACCUUUAUCAACGUUAGCAGAGGCUUGGUAGUGGACCAAGAUGCUUUAGUAGAUGCUCUUCAGAAGAAAAUGAUCCGAGCUGCUGCCUUAGAUGUUACAUAUCCCGAACCACUUCCCAGGGAUCAUCCCCUGCUGUCCUUCCCAAACGUCAUCGUCCUGCCCCAUUUAGGAACCCACACCGUGGAGACCUCACAGAUCAUUGUGGAGAGGAUGGUGACCAAUGCCUUGGCCGCUGUAAUGGGAGGCCAGCUUCCUGAUGAAGUUAAGGCAUAGAGCCAGAGCACAGAGCCAUCUGUUCCUCUUUGGUUUUUAACCAGCUAAACACAGAAAAAACUAAACCAUUAUAUUUAGUUUCACGAUUAAGUUUUGUGAUUUGUGAGUAUUAGUCACCUUUUAAAUGUUUAAUGAAUGCUUUUUAUGGUAAUUCAAUAUAGAACUUUAAAGUGUUUGUGAAAUCGAACAGCAUAGUAUAAAUAUUUUUUUUUCUCUUUCUAACAAAAUCUCUUAUGAUUUCUGGGCCUAUAUUCACAUAACAUCUUUAGGCUAAAAGUAGCUCAUAACUCACAGAUUUAGGAGAAAAUCUUUAAAAUAAUGGGUGUGUCAGUUCUAAAUUUAGGACUCCUAAAUUUGUGCUCCAAGAGUGUUUCACAAAGCGUUUUAACACUAAAACUAGCUCCUAGACCUGUGAAGAGGACUCCUAAGUCACUAAGACCAAGCCACAAACUAUUCCUUAAAUGACUGUUGCCGGCAAUCUGCCUCAAAAUAGAAACAUUUUAGAAACUUUUGACAUAAUGAGUUCAUUAAAAAGGUAUCACCUUUGGUUUUGGGGAGGAAGUAACAACUAUUCUUGCAUCUAGUUUGGUUUUCUUUUACAUUUACAUGCGUUAUUAUCAGCUAUGAUUAUUCUACACUAUUAAUUAAAAGGCAGUUUAUAUGCAUAUUCACUAAUUAUGAGAAGCACACAUGUAAGAGGCUGACAAUAAGCUCAACAUAUGCUUGUUUAAUAAGUGACACGUAACCUGUAUUUUAAAAUAUUUAUUUGAAUGUUGCAAUUAGCCGUUUUAUUUUCCUGUAUUUACAUAUGGCAACAUAAUAUUGCACUCUGCUAUAUUUCUAUGAAUACGUUUCUGACAGAGACUAUCAGCCAAUCACUGUGGGCAUAGUUAGUAAGCAUGCUGACAUUUUCCAUAGCAACGAGGUCAACCCCGGCUUUAACCUUAGCUUAAGACUUCUCUAUAUUCCUCAGUAAAAGUUUUUCUCAGCAGCUUUGUUAAAAGGUUUUAAGAGAAAACUAUUAUUUUAAAACUUUUACUGCUAUUAAGGAGACCUCUUAGUGGCAACAUAAAAUGUUUUGUAAAUAUGGGCCCUGUUCUUUAAAAAAAGUAUCCUGUUGCUCAGACAGAAAUACUCAAAAAUAAACUUCACAAUCCAGUCAUG